AUGGCUACUGCACAAAUGUCUGCGGAUACUUCUCGAUUGUCGUUUGCUAAGGUAGCUGCAUCUGCUGGCAAGGACAAUGUAGCCCUUAGUUCUUUUAAUAAAGCUGCAGGAUCUGUCCCUGCUCGAGCUUUGAAAACGGAGAACAUCUUAAUGCAGGCUCAUAAGGAGCAAGAACUGCACGAAUCCCCUCAGGCUGCCGAGUCAUCCCUCGAUAAUAACCAGUCUGUACAGGAAGAGGGUGGGCCAAAAGUUAUGACCCACCCUCAGCCCGCAUCCGCAUGUGAAGCCAAUCUGGUGGAUGCAGUCAAAGCUCUGAACAUUGACGGAGACCGCAGUAUGCCAAUGCCCAGUUUAGUCGUGAAUGGUUCAGGCACAGGCGCUAUAAAUGCUAGGAAGAAGCCGGAUCCAGCAGAUACUUUCGCGGAGGACCCAUUUCAGCGUCCAGAUUCUGGAUCAGAGCUGGGUACUAAGCCACCGAGUCUAGAUGGGAAGAGUAUCACAUCCGGAACUACGUUUGCAUUGGAUGAGAAGGAAUCCUUGCGGCCUGAUGAUAGCGCCAGUGUCAAAGCUGCCGAGGACGAUGAUACUUUUUCAGGACGAGGCUCAAUCGUCGCUGGCUCCCGGAUUGGAUCUGAGGCAGCUGCUCGUGCAUACCGUGCUCAGUUUUAUGAAUCUCCAGACAGGCGUAUGCAGCCUAUGCCCGAACGACAAAGUCACGGAGUCAAUACCCCUCAGAGUGGGUCGUCUGGACCGCAGGUCACAGAUGAUGGAAAGCCUAAUAAGACCCUUAUUGGGCAGCCGGGUGUUCCAGAUGCCUUUAAUCUCUUCUAUCGCCAAACGCCAGAUGAGAAAUUGUUGGAAGCACUCGAGUCACCGAAAGACCGCAUUUUCCUGCUCCGAUUAGAGCAAGACUUGCAAAAAUUUGUUAUUGAUUCCAAAGAGCCGUUCAUCGAUCUACCACCAUGCAACUCGUUCUGCAGGAUGCUAACUCAUAAGCUGGCUGAUUAUUACCACAUGACCCAUCAAGUUGACUCUGUAGCCGGAGCUGUUCGUAUUUUCCGGACCCCGUUUUGCCGGUUGCCUCCCUCAUUGACCAGCAUCUCAAACCCCCCCACAUCAGGGAAUACCCCGCCUCCAACGAUGCCAGCGAUGAAGAUAAUGCGACGGGGGGGAGAUAAUGACACUGGCCCAAGUACUUCAAAAGCGACUUCAGAAACUGGUAGUGAUGGCAAAGAAAAAUCCCUUUCAGCUAAAGAAAAGUUGUCUAGAGAAGAACGAGAGGCCGCUUACAACAGGGCACGCGAGCGUAUCUUCGGUAAGGAUGAAAAGGCAGGAGAUGCCACACCAGAUACCGAAGAUGGUAAUGAGAUGUCGCGGUCUAGCUCUAUUUCAACGAAAGACAGAUCUAGUCAGAGUAAACGAUCCAAGCCGGUAAAGCGACGAGAUGAUUCGGAAAACUUUGACGUUCGAUCGCAGUAUACUCCCUUCUUCCCCCAAACUCAGGUACCGACAUGGACUCCAACAUCUCAUUAUUCGCCUAUGCCCCCGCAGACAUUUAAUGGGACUGGCCAGAAUAUGUAUCACACCUCAGUGCCGCCUCAAUUCAAUGGCCCACCACAACAAUUCAAUCCGACCGCUGUUAGCAAUGGAAACAUGCAAGUAUAUAACAAUAUACCCCAGCAAUAUGCCCAACCAGGCCAACCCCGAUUUCAGCCGCAUAGUGCCCCUAUUACUGCCUACGGCUCACCUGUUCAGCCGGCUCCAGUUGCACCACAGCAGUGGCAGCAGCAGCAGCAGCCUCUGUAUCAGAGUCCAUAUCAACCCCGAGGACCAAUGGCGACUGGACCUCCGAAUUCCAUUCCCUAUGCGUUUGGCCAGCUGCCAAGCACUGCAAAUCCAGCUGAUCCCAAGAGCCAGCACCCGAUCCCCGGGAGUUUCAAUCGGCAUGCGUUUAAUCCAAAAACACAAUCCUUCGUCCCUGGCAACGCCGGUCUCCCAAUUCCGCAGACCAUGCCACAUCAUGGGUCUCCUCUCCACGGAUCCCCGCAUCUCACAUAUGACACAUAUACUGCCCCCCAACAGCAAUUUGGAAGCGGAAUGGGUUACAGCAUGGCUCGGCAAGGUUCGAAUAACUCUUUGCCGUCUUACCAUGCAUCUCCGCAUAUAGCUCACAGGCCAAUGAUGCAUCAAAGCAUGCAACAAGGCAUGGCUCAUGGAAUGCCUCAGGGAAUACCUCAAGGGCUACCUCAAGGGCUACCUCAAGGUGUGCCCCAAGGCAUGCAGGGGCUGCCGCAGAAUGGGCAAGUUGGACAUCAUCUUCCUAAUUAUGGCAAUUCAUCAACGCUUCCCCCAAAGCCACCUACAGGAGUUUAA